AUGGAUCUAUGGCAGGCUGAUUUAGAUGAUAUGCAUGCCUACACAUCUCAAAACCAAGGAUUCAGUUUUCUACUUACAAUAAUUGAUAGUUUUUCCAAAUACGCUUGGGUAUUACCCGGUAAAAAUAAAAGUCCUUGUAAAGUUACUAAAGUUAUCCAAGUAAUUUUAAACCAGAAACGUGUUCCUAGAAAUUUACAGACAGACGACCGGAAAGAAUUCUUCAACAAGAAAUUUAUGAAUUUAAUGAAAAAAUAUGAAAUAAAUCACUACUCAUUGCAUAGCUCUUUAAAGGCAUCAAUUGUUGAACGAUUCAAUAGAAUUCUCAAAAGUCUGAUGUGGAAAGAAUUUAGUAUGAAGGGAAACUACAAAUAG